AUGAUUGAUAAAUUACGUGAGCAACAACACGAAGAUUUAGAAGAAAUGGAAUGUUAUGUUGGUCAAAUAAAAGAAUUGGCGGAAAAACAUCAUUUAGAAACGGAAACCAUGUGUUUAAGAUCAAGAUUGGAAUCGUCUCAACAUCAAACAGCGACAUUAGCAACUUUGCUCGAAAGAUCCGGUCUUGAGGGUAUUGCCGAUGCUUCAUUAGGCGAACAAGUUGCUUUUUUAAUAGCAGACAGAGCUAAAUUAAUGGAAGAAAUUGCCGUUUUAAGUAAGCUCAGCGGAUUGAAUGGUGUUAAUAAAGAAGCCGAUCUUAUCUCCGAAAUCAUCAAAGUGUCAUCUGAAAAAGAAGUUUUAAAACAUGAAUCUGCCGAACACAAGGAAAGAUUAUUUCAACUUGAAAAAAUGAAAAAACAAUUAGAGCUCGAUAACGAACGUUUGGCUUUUAAGUUGUCUGAAGCAUUGGCUGAGCUUGAAGAAAGAGAAUCACAGUUAAAAGAAAUAGUCACCGACGAGAGUAGAGGGAGUGGAAUUCAAACUAGCAUGUCGAUGAUAUGGCCGAGAAGAGAAUCUCCUAGUCCUCCUCCGGGAAGAAGAAGACAAUCAGCCGGUGAUACUCUGGAUGGACCGAGAAGGAAUUCUCCCGUCAGAAUCGGUCCGGGAAAGAAAAAAGGAGAACCUUUAAGGGCUUUCCCGAAAACUUGGAACGCUGACAGUCCGCCGGAAAUCAAAGUGUCCUCCAAUCAAGAAUUAGACGACAUGCUUGAUAACACGGGAUCAUUACCGAGAUCAUUUUCAAUGACGGAUCGUGAAAUGCUUCGAUCACAAAGUUACGGUGCGGAUUCAACACCGCCGAGUUUAAUGCUUAGCGAAGGUGCCAGCGAAAGAAUGCAAGUUAAACUUGAUGCUCAGAUACAAGCUUCCAGAACGGAAUUGGCGAGGCUUGAAGAAAUAAAAAAGCUUCAGUCGGAUUCUGAUAAUUUAAAAGCUCAAUUGAACGGAGUCGUAGAGAAAUACAAUGCUCUCGUCGUGCGACACGUACAACACAAAGCAAGGCGUAAAGCUCAGAUUUCGGAUUUAAAAGCUCGGUUGCAAUUGGAAUCGGGAGCUUUGGAAGUACAAAUACAAAGUUUACAAUCUCAAUUAACGAAUCAGAAAUUAGUUUUGAGAGGGGAGGAGGGUUUGAGAAAGAAAAUCGAAAACGAUUAUAGGAAAUCGUUGGACGAGAAAAGAUCUCUCUUGGUCAACAUGAUGAGUUUGGAAAACAGCAUAAGGGAUAAAACGAGGGAAAUAUCGAUAUUGCAGAAAAAAAUAUCAAUGCUCGAAAGUACGAAUAAAGAUUUGAUGACGAGAUUGUUACAAGUUAAAUAUUCUCAUCCAUGUCGUUCGAGAAGUUUAACAAGAGUCGAAGGAGUUUUAACGGAUUUGGGAUCCGUUUAG